AUCUUUCCGGUUUAAAGUUAAACCCGUCAAUUCGCUGUACACCUUAGCAACCACGGACGCUUAAAGUGGCUAUUGUAUUAACUUACGAAAGUUUAUGGAUUUGUGAUUGUUUCAAUUAAGGGACUAAAAAUGACGUCCCUGCAAUUGUUCCCUAAGGUGGAUCAUUCACCCCCAGUGCCUAAAGAAUGGGGGACGGGACGGUAUAAGGAAGAGGUGGACGUAUUCGUUCCUAAAGCACCAACUUGGCAAUACAGUGGGAAACCAACUGACCAGUUUUACAAACUUACCCAGCUGAGAUUGAGCAACGUUAGAAGUAACGAUGAACUGGUACCAGAGCCACACGAGUGUGCAAUGGGACCUGUUAUGGUCAACAAGUCUUUCCCUGCCGAACACCCGUAUGCCUCGCACAUGCCUAGAACAGCGCUGUUUCCAAGAUUUGAUAGCGACAUGGAUCCUAAAAAGGGUGUGGCAGCUCGGUUUGACAGACCAAUCAGUGAUGAGAUGCCAGCGAAUGCAUAUAAUGUAAAGAUAAUACAUAAAACAAAGGGUUUUGGUGACAGACGGGAGAUUCAAGAGCUGCCGAAAAAUUCUGACAAAAGAGCAUUAGAGUGGUUAGGAGAGACAGGAUUUAACCAGCUUGUAAAGACUCACAAUGGCAGACAAGAAUUCUACCCUAUACCACCUAAAGUUGUUGCACCAAACCUCCAGACACGAGCUGGUGACAUGAAAGUAUCACUGCGCACGGCAAACUCUAUGCGCAAUCUAGAAAGAGAUCAAUGGGAGACGACGUACAAUCAGCAUCAUACCGGAUUAGGUCCUGCUAAUCCUAACAAGCUAGAUAAUCUGCAAGAAAAACAAACUUUCUAUAACACUCACGGGAUCCAAGAUGACACUAUUUAUCCACGUUCAAUAAACACAUUUGACCCACCUAGACCAUUUGAAGGCAGGAUAGCCAGAACACUGAUUCCAAAACCCCAACAGUUGAAGACAGCUGCCAAAGCUAAUGCUCCCGAAAACCCCAACUACAUCAGAAUGAUGACACUGUCUGAACGAGAAGAAGACCGUCUUUUACAUGGGAAAGAUUAUGCAAGUUUCCCAGAUGAUAUAAAGGAGAAAGACGCCAUUAGAUGGAGAGAACUAGAGAAAAAUGCUCAUGCUGAUCCUAAUCUAGAGACGCUAGCAGGGGCAAAGACAAUACCUGACAAAGUGCCCUAUGUACCAGCUGGACCUCCAGGCGGGCCAGAAGCAAAAUACUUAGAUUCAACAAAGAGAGACCAAGAUAAAAACUUCCAAGAAAUAGAAGCACAAAACCGCUGGAAAGUAUUAGAGGCUCAUGGACCAGGUCACGACAUAUCUUCACUAAAUUAUAAAAUGGCACGUACAAGUGCCCCGGAAAAACCAACAACAUUUUACGGACACGAAGGAAAAUACAACGAAGAAAGAGCUGGCUUAUAUAAAACAAAUUACAAUCCAGAAAGGCUUGCAUACAACAUGAAUGCCUUAGAAGUCAGUGGACCAGAGAUCAUGAACACCAUGCAUUCACAUAUUGAUGCUCUGAAUCUUCCAACUCGACUCAAUAGUGAUAUGAAAGAUGCGUUCCGAUACAGCCGUACGUUAAGUUCGAGUCAACCGAACCUGGCCGGAGACCGUCGGGAAGGCAGGGAUUUGAUGAGUCAACACAACACGUUGAAACGAAGUCAGACAACCAUACUUCAGCCAACUGUGGAGACAGCUCGAGUAAAAGUACAGGAAGGUAAUACUAUAUUGAAGGAAAGCACCAUGGGGGAUAGUUUCAAUACACAGAAAUUCCUUCAAGAACACGAACUGGGAAAGUUUUCUAGGAACGAACCUUUGACAGUCAUGUCCACAGCAAAUCAGAAUUUGCACAAUGUUAGGAAGGCGAGCUCAACAAGAUCAAAAAAUGUUAAAUUUGCAGACAAUAUAAUGGUAGCACAAAGUCUGGACAGUGGUAUUUUAAGAUUAAGUAGUGCACCAACACGCGGUUCCCCGCGUAUGCUGUUGGAUUCAGACCCGAAACCUGCUACAGAACCUGUGGUAACCACACAAUAUACAAGUACACAGGCCCAAUACAAUCCUCAAUAUGAUCAAGAUGAAAAUGAUAGAGAAGACAAUGCCGAGGCUGAUGAAGACGGACCAGUGACCGUCCCGCGAAUUAAGUUCACAAAUAUAGAGACAAAACUUGAAGAUCGUGACAAGACAGAAAAACCAUUUAUUGCUUAUUCUAGUGUGCUACGUAAGCGACCCGUCACCAGUGACCCUAGCAGCGAAUACAGAAAUGAAUUUAGCAGUAAAGGUACAAACUUUAUACCAUCAAAUUUACAUAAUUCUCUGUCCUAUGAUUCCGCUUACAAAGCGCAAUUUCCGAACCACCAUAUUGGCUACAAACACGACCCAAGAUUCAGCUGGCAGCCAGGACACGGAUUACCUAGACCGCAAACGAGCUUGUUAGAGCAACAAAACAGAUUUGAGAAAUCUUCUGUAAGGAGGAAGUUCCACAAUCAAUUCCCAGAAAGUAAUCCUGAUCUUCGACAAAAUAUAACAAGCGGAAAGAAGCACGACUUCUAUGGAAUAAGCGGACAGCUCCUUCAUGGUUAAGGGAACAAACACAACAAACCGUAUCUAAAUCUAGACACUCUUUAAAUAUGUAAUGAGUGACAGUGAAACCUACCACGGGCAAAAAAAAAGAAGAUGAAGAUGUGCAGAAACUGUUUUCGGGUGGUUACUUAUUGUGGAUGGUUAUUGUUUUAGGAGAGAAACUGCCUUUUACCAGUAUUAUUCUAAUACCUUUAUUGUUAAACCUAUUCAUACAAUUGUUUUAGUUGUUACUAUUUUUAUUGUUGUUAAGACGUUGACAUGCGGCCGUUGUUUGUUGUACAAGAUCUUUGCUUGUCUACGUGUUUGAAUGAAAGUCUGUCAAAUCAUUUGAUUCCAUUACAGAAGCAUCAAGUUUGCAUGCUUUCGUUGUAGCAAUCCAUUCUGUAGUAAUGGUUGAGUCUAACCUACCUUAAAGAUCGUCGAAUUGAUCGGAUUAAAACUAUUAUGAUAAUCUUUAACUCGUAAAAUAUUCGCAUGCAAAAUAACUAUGAUAUUUUAGGACAAGUUCUAUAAUUACCAUAUGUUUAGUUUGGACAUAGCCAUGCGCAUGCGUUGCUUUAACAGAGUAAAAUGCGUUUCUUAUUGAAUAUUUUAAAUUAUGAUUUUGCAAAAAAGUACAGUAUUAUUUUUACGUGUUAUUUAUUGUUUUCUGUAUUAUUUCAAGUCAAAUAAACUAUAAAUACAUUUUUUUAUUUUUAAUAUUAAUAUAUAAUAUGUUUAAAAAGGGUAUAUAUGAUGAGCGUAGUGUUUGUUUUCUAUUCAUUGAUUCAUAAAUGUUUUGGUCAUCAGUCUUUUGUCUCAUUUCUAGUCUUAUUCCUUCUGAUUGAAAGUGAGAAUAUGUUUUUUAUAUCAAAAAUAUAUGUUUACCUUUUGCUUGAUAUAUGUGCUGCUAUAAUUCUAUCCCUUUCAGAUUAUAUGUCUGUUUUGACGUUUAUUAUUCAACUGUACACUGUGUUAUGGAUUUGCUCAAUAAAAUACAAAAAUCAUAAA